AUGAACGAGGUGAUAUCUAUAUCGGCAUCUCAUCAUGCCAAUCAUGUCCUUGCCAGCUUGUACAACAACCAGGAAUCGCAUCUUCCAUACUCGCCCAAAGCUCCAAUAAACCAUUGGAAUCAAGUUUUCUUGAAUGCUAACAAAUUACCAAAUGGGAGAACAAACUAUUCUCCCAGAGUUAUAAUAUAUGAAUUGACGGGUGGAUUAGGGUCAUAUUCGCCAUUCAAGUACUUUGAGAAUGCUGCAGAUAUAAGUGGGCCCACGGUUAUUGAAACUGGUAUUAAAGUACCAAAGAAUGAUUAUCAGAAACAAUUAGAUAAUGGAAAACCAACAGACCCAACAACUUUGACAGAUAAAACUGUGCAUUAUUGGUCUGAUUACAAUAAAAUGAUAUACAAACCAACUUCUUUGGUAACUUUGUCAAAUUGGAAUCAUGAGGUAAACGGGAAAGGUCAUCAUAGACUAUUCCCUAAUAUCGAGUUUAACUAUUUCCACCAGGGGGUUGAGGAAUAUAAGGAAGUACAAGAUGAUACUAUUGAAGAGUUUAGGAAAAACUUAGAGAAUUGCGACUUGGUGCAAGGUUGUAAUUUUUUAAGUGAUAUUGAUUCAUCGUGGGGUGGGUUUACUAAUUCUUUAAUAACCGAUAUUAAAGAUGAAUUUUUCAAUAAUGGUAUCAAUAACAAGUACAACUUAUGGGCAUAUACUUUUUCAGGAAAAACGCCAACUAAGUUACUCCCCACCCUUAAUAAAAUAAAAUCUUUAGUUGAAUUUUCCAAAAAUUCGUCUUUGGUGUUACCAUUAUCACUUGAUACUUCAUCUCUGUUGUUGAAUUCUGAUUUCAAUCCCGAUAAUGAAUUAUUACGUGGUUAUAAUGAUCGUAAUAUUGUUAAUGAAAUCAACAUACAUCAACUUCCAACCCAAGAUGAUCACAUGUCAUACACAUUACAAUCUGUCAAUAUAAUGGACUAUUAUAAUUCUGUCCCGUCGAUUACUUCACCUCCCACCAAACCAGGUAUAAUUAAUUUGGGAUUGAAUAAAAAAACUAAUGAAAAAUCAAUAAGUAAAUCUUUUAUUGUACCAGAUAAUUCAUCAUUAGAAUUGGAAUCAUCUUUAACAACACAUGUAUAUACUAACCCUGCAUUGAAUGAUAUAACGAAAGUUGAUACAUUCCCUUCAAUACUUGAGCUGAAACAAGUUUAUAUUGAAAUGAAUCAAAGUUCAGCAUUGAAAAAUGAUUUUAAAGAAUACAGAAAGAUAAUAAGUAGGGUUAGACCAGGGUCGGGAGACGUUGCCCAAGAGAUUAUCGAAGAUAAACAAGAAUUAAUGGAAGAUUUGAGUAAUAUAAUUGAGGAAUAUAUUAUAGGAUAUGAAGAUGAAAGUGACGAAGAGUUUGAUUAA